AUGUGUGCAUCCGACAAGCGUCGCUGGCACCACCGGCCAUGCUACCUGCUGGCGUGGAUCGAGCACCGUGUGUUUGGCGACUCCGAAGCAGCCAAGCAAACGCUGCUGCCGCUGCUCCAGAUGCGCAACCAGACGAAGCAGCUGGCCAGCUUCUACAAGACAGACUCGGAAAUGCCCGGCAAGCACUACCUUUACCUGGAAAAGUACCUGCUGCUGUUUAUCGACACGCUCGUGGCGACAGCCGACAUUGACAGCGUGAAGCUGCUGCGUCGCAAGCUGAAGCGCUCGUCGGAGGCCCUGUAUGAGCCGUCGGUGCUGCAGACCAGGAUAGGCAGCGCGUAUGUGCAAGUGCUCCAGCACCUGGUUGCCCGGCUGAACUGCCCAAAGUAUGUGGUUGAUGAGCAAGGCAAGGAGCAUAUUAUUUUGCAGAAAUCGCUCGAGGGUGCAAAGGUGGAGCAGGUGUACUCGGUUACGCGGCACUGCAAGCUGAAUCGUGGCCUGUAUAACCAUGUUCGCGAUAUGGCCAUGAGCAACAUCACCCACUUUGUUGAGCUUAGCGAGCAUUUGGGCGGUGUGCUCAACAUACUCGAGAAACGGCAGCAACAAGGAGCCGCCGAUCCGCACCCGGGGUCUUCUCAGACCACUGCGAUUGACGUGGUGAAGUCGGCUGCCGCAGCCAUUGACCAGUAUCUGGCCGACGCCAGGCGGGCAACUGAGCUGCUCGAGCUUGUGCUCGAGGAAAAGAAGAAGCACAUUGACGACACCACUGUGCUGGGGCAGCUGGCAGAUAUGCUGGCCGACCUGUUUAUCCGAGUACUGCAUGGCUACGGGCAAGACAAGCGGGCUGUGCAUCCGCCGCCAUACCAAGAAGGUGAUGCGGCCGAGCUGAAAGAGUUCUGCACCCGCUCCACGGCGAUGCUCGCACCGGCAGGAGCCUGA